AUGGAUGCGCCAGAGCCUGAACAGACCCCUUUCGCCGCUGUCACAGCCCACACGACCAAACUGCAAAGGCAUUACCAAGCUCUGCUCGACCAGUCUACGCCCUUUGUGCUCUACAGAUGGGUUGCAACCGGCGUCACCCUACUACUCUUCUUCGUGCGCAUUUUCUUCAUCCAGGGAUGGUACAUUGUUGCCUAUGCGCUCGGCAUUUAUCUGCUCAACCUGUUUCUGGCUUUCCUCCAGCCCAAAUUUGACCCUUCCAACGAUGCGGUCGACCAGGACAUGGAAGAUGGUGCCGUAGGGACCCUCCCGACCAAGCAGGAUGAGGAGUUCAAGCCCUUCAUUAGGCGUCUUCCCGAGUUCAAGUUUUGGUACUGGGCUACCCGUGCCAUUGCCAUCUCCUUCUUCUGCACCUUCUUCGAAUUCUUCAACAUUCCUGUCUUCUGGCCUGUCCUGGUCAUGUAUUGGAUUAUUCUCUUUGUCCUGACGAUGCGCAAGCAAAUUCAGCAUAUGAUCAAGUAUCGCUACGUUCCAUUCACCAUGGGCAAGAAGAACUACCGCAAAGACAACUCUUAG